AUGCUGCUGCCCCUCCCCCUGCUGCCCCUCCUCCUCCUCCUCGGGGCCGCCCCGGUGAGGGGGGAGGGUUCCGCCUCUGCCUGCGCCCGCCCGGGGGUCGCGGCUGCAGCCUGGGGGUCGCGCAGAGCCCCCCCGGGCCCCCCCCCCGCGCCCGGAGCCCCCCGGCUGCUCCGCCUGCCCCUCGCCUUCCGCUGGCCGGGCAGCGUCUCGCUCGUGGUCGAGUCCUGGCGGCUGGAGGAGACCCCCGGAGGGCCCCCCCUGCGGCUCUUGGGGCGCGCGGUGUCGCGGCCGCGCCUGAGGCCGGGGGGGCCGUGGCGGGGGGGCGCGGGCGGGGGGCUGCGCUUCGGGACCCGCCUGCGCUGCCCCUCGCCCCCCCGCGCCCCACGCUGCCCCCCCUGCGCCCCCUGCGCCCCCCGACGCUGCUGGAGCCGCUGCUGCGCCCCCCGGGGGUGUCGGGGUCCCUGUGCCCCCCCCAGCGCCUGCGCCGCCGCCGGCCUUUGCUCG